GCUGCCGUGAGCCGCCUUCCUCCCGGCGGGGCCGCCGGCGUGCGCGGGGGCUGCGGGCUUCCAGGCCGGCCCGCACCGACAUGCGACCAUGGACCGCAGGACCAGGGCAAAUCCAGACAGAACCUUUGACUUGGUGUUGAAAGUGAAAUGUCAUGCCUCUGAAAAUGAAGAUCCUGUGGUAUUGUGGAAAUUCCCAGAGGACUUUGGAGACCAGGAAAUACUACAGAGUGUGCCAAAGUUCUGUUUUCCCUUUGACGUUGAAAGGGUGUCUCAGAAUCAAGUUGGACAGCACUUUACCUUUGUACUGACAGACAUUGAAAGUAAGCAGAGAUUUGGAUUCUGCAGACUCACAUCAGGAGGCACGGUUUGCUUAUGCAUUCUUAGUUACCUUCCCUGGUUUGAAGUGUAUUACAAGCUUCUAAAUACUCUUGCAGAUUACUUGGCUAAGGAACUGGAAAAUGAUUUGAAUGAAACUCUCAAAUCGCUAUAUAACCACCCAGUACCAAAAGCAAAUACUCCUGUCAACUUGAGCGUGAACCAAGAGAUAUUUAUUGCCUGUGAGCAAGUUCUGAAAGAUCAGCCCUCUCUAGUACCGCAUUCCUACUUCAUCACCCCUGAUGUAACUGGACUCCCAACAAUACCUGAGAGUAGAAAUCUUACAGAGUAUUUUGUUGCUGUGGAUGUGAACAACAUGCUGCAGCUGUACGCCAGCAUGCUGCACGAGAGACGCAUCCUGAUCACCUCGAGCAAAUUAAGCACUUUAACUGCCUGUAUCCAUGGAUCAGCUGCUCUCCUAUACCCAAUGUACUGGCAACACAUAUACAUCCCAGUGCUUCCUCCACACCUGCUGGACUACUGCUGUGCCCCAAUGCCAUACCUGAUUGGAAUACACUCCAGCCUCAUAGAGAGAGUGAAAAAUAAAUCAUUGGAAGAUGUGGUUAUGUUAAAUGUUGAUACAAACACAUUAGAAUCACCAUUUAGUGACUUGAACAACCUACCAAGUGAUGUGGUCUCGGCCUUGAAAAAUAAACUGAAGAAGCAGUCUACAGCAACGGGUGAUGGAGUAGCUAGGGCCUUUCUUAGAGCACAGGCUGCUUUGUUUGGAUCCUACAGAGAUGCACUGAGAUACAAACCUGGUGAGCCCAUCACUUUCUGUGAGGAGAGUUUUGUAAAGCACCGCUCAAGCAUGAUGAAACAGUUCCUGGAAACUGCAGUUAACCUCCAGCUUUUUAAACAGUUUAUCGAUGGUCGACUGGCAAAACUAAACACAGGAAGGGGUUUCUCUGACGUAUUUGAAGAAGAGAUCACUUCAGGUGGCUUUUGUGGAGGAAGCCCAAGGUCAUAUCAACAAUGGGUACAUACAGUCAAGAAAGGAGGUGCACUGUUCAACACAGCAAUGACCAAAGCAACCCCUGCUGUACGGACAGCGUAUAAAUUUGCAAAAAAUCAUGCAAAGCUGGGACUAAAGGAAGUGAAGAGUAAGCUAAAACACAAGGAAAACGAAGAAGAUUAUGGGACCUGUUCUAGUUCUGUACAAUAUACACCAGUUUACAAAUUACACAAUGAAAAGGGAGGAAACUCAGAAAAGCAUAAGCUUGCUCAGGCACGCUUAAAAAGGCCUCUUAAGAGCCUUGAUGGUGCUCUAUAUGAUGAUGAUGAUGAUGACAUUGAAAGAACAAGCAAGUUAUCUUCUGAAGACGGUGAAGAAGCUUCUGCUUAUCUUUAUGAAAGUGAUGACUCUGUUGAAACAAGAGUGAAGACUCCAUACUCAGGUGAAAUGGACUUACUGGGAGAGAUCCUUGAUACACUGAGCACACACAGCUCAGAUCAGGGGAAGCUGGCAGCUGCAAAGAGCUUGGAUUUCUUUAGAUCAAUGGAUGACAUUGAUUACAAACCUACGAAUAAAUCUAAUGCUCCUAGUGAGAAUAAUCUGGCUCUCCUCUGUGGGGGUUCUGGUGACCAAGCGGAGUGGAAUCUUGGGCAGGAUGAUAGUGCUCUCCAUGGCAAACACCUCCCUCCAUCUCCCAGGAAGCGGGUUUCCUCUAGUGGUUUGACAGAUUCUCUAUUUAUUCUGCAAGAGGAAAACAGUGACAAGCACCUCAGUGCUGACAAUGUGAGUGACCCUACUUCAGGAUUGGAUCUCCACCUGACUUCCCCUGACGUUUCCCAGACUGAUAAAGGAAAAACAGAAAAGAGGGAAACAUUAAGCCAGAUUUCAGAUGAUCUGCUUAUACCUAGUCUUGGGCGGCAUUCAUCGACUUCUGUUCCCUGGGAGAAAGAAGGGAAAGAAGCCAAAGAGACUUCAGAGGCUAUUGGCCUGCUCCAUGAAGUGGUGUCAUUAUGUCAUAUGACUUCUGACUUCCAACAGAGCUUGAACAUUUCAGACAAAAACACAAAUGGAAACCAAACUUAAAUCUUGCAUCCAAGCUUCUACGGAAACAUUUUGAGAUUCAAUGCAAUUGAAUAAACAGAAUUAUUUGUAGGAAUGGCAACUCUUACUAUUUAAUUUUUUUUUUUUUUUUUUUUUUGCAUUUGGAACAUUUUCCUCACUUGUUCGUUUCAAGGAUAUAUGAAAUGCAUUGAUUUUUAAAUAUAAAGCAAAUUCUACUGUGCUUUUAAAUCAGGUACUAGUUUGUAUGUAUGUUAAAAGUAUGUAUUGAACAUAAGAUUUCCCAGUGUUUGGUGCUUAAUGCCAUUCAUUCAUUUUAUUUAAAUUAACUUUGCAUAUAUAACCCAUGCACAGAACCAGUAGCUACUAUACUAAUCUGGUUGAGCAUGAACGGAUCACGAUAUCAAAACCUAUCAAAACUAGCCUGAAACUGAUGAAACAUUAACCCACUAAUUGCCUUAAUCUUAAAGCUGUAUUAAGCAUACUUAAAUAAUGUAUGAAAGUAUGUGUAACGUUUGAAGGAUAAGUUAUUAGUGUUCUGCAGAGCAAUAAUGCCUUCUUCUGUUCAUCAAAUCAAGGUCAAAAUUCAUCUUUUCAAGAUUAAAAAGCUCUCUUAUGGGAAUACUUAAUUUGCUUAUAUAAAGCACUAUAGCCAUGUUUUCCAAAAAGUAUAAAAAUAUACAUUCACCUUUCAUUCAGUGAAAUAUAUGAAGUACUGAAUUACAAUGUGAAGUUAAUGACUUCUGUUUACAAAUGAGAUACUUUAAAAAGUUUUCACAGUCUCUUAGGGGUCCACCCAAGAAAGCCAAAUGCAACCAAAACUGGCCUGAC